AUGUUUUCUUCUCUCUCUCCGCCAAAAGCCAGGUUCGAUUCGAGCAGGUCAUCAUCGCCGCAGGAGUCAAAGAGGAUCGUCGUGGGGAUUGCAGGUGUGCCGGGGUCGGGCAAGACGACGUUGGCCAGCCUGACCGCUGCCAGGGUCAACGAAUUGUAUCUUGAAUCACACCGAGACGAAGACCCGGUCGCCGUGGCCGUGCCCAUGGACGGCUUCCACUACACGCGGGAGCACCUCGCCGGCAUGGCCAACGCGGCCGAGGCCAUCCACCGCCGGGGCGCGGCCUUCACCUUCGACGCCGAGGGCUUCCGUCGCCUGAUCGAGUCUUUGACCGCUCCUGAAUCCAAGACAGUGACCGCGCCGUCGUUCGACCACGCGACCAAGGACCCCGUCGCCGAUGCCAUCACGAUCCCGCCUUCGACCCGCAUCGUCCUGGUCGAGGGCAACUACUGCGCCUUGGACAAACCCGUGUGGCGGGACGCGGCCGCCCUGCUGACAGAGCGCUGGUUCAUCGACACGCCCCCCAGCCUGGCGCACCAGCGCCUCGCCACCCGGCACCUCGCCAGCGGCAUUGUCGCCACCGCCGAAGAGGGUUGGGCCCGCGCCACCGGACCCGACGACCUUAACGCGCAGGAGAUCCGCGCGUGUCGGCUGCCGUGCGACGAGGUGUUGCUUAUCACAUAG